AGGUCAGUACAUUCAGUACUAGAAGAAGAACUUAAAACAAUUCAUGCAUUCAAGCAAAAGACAUUAACACCAGCAGAGUGGGAAAAGAAGGAAAUGAUAAAAAGCUCCACGAAUUAGAUUUGAGAAAUUUAAAAUGAUUCAGUUUAAAGUGUCUGCUCCUGGAAAAGUAAUUCUUUUUGGAGAACAUGCUGUAGUAUAUGGAAAAACAGCUGUUGCUGCCAGUGUAGAUUUACGUACAGUUCUAAAUUUCGCUGAAUUACCUGAAACAGAACAAAUUGUUAAGAUAUGUUUUCCUAAAGUAAAUUUAUUUAUUAACAUACCUCUACAGCAAAUACAAAAUUUCUUUUUUAUUAACAAAGAUGUGGAACAUGUAGAAAAUUAUGAAGCAUUUUAUAACAAAGUAAAAGAAUUUGUCUCCAUUAUUAGUUAUGCAAAUCUGCAACAAAGGUUAAGCCUGGAAGCAUUCUUUUAUCUUUUUAUUUAUAUUACGCAAAAGGAAGAGAUCGAAGUGAAACCAUUUCAAGUUCACUUAAAUACAGAAUUGGGAAUUGGUUCUGGACUUGGUAGUUCUAGUUCCUUUGCAGUUUGUCUCGCUGCGUGUUUUUUACAUUGGUCACAUUUACAAAAAAAUAUUUAUAAAAUAUUAGAUUUUUCUAUCUUAGACACUAUUUCGAAGUAUGCUCUAAAUUGUGAAAAAAUUAUGCAUGGAAACCCCUCUGGAAUAGACAAUUCUGUCUGUACAUAUGGGUCAAUAAUAGAAUUCAAAAAGGGUGAUUAUGUAAAGCCAAUAAGUAACAUACAUGCUCUAAAAAUUUUACUGGUAGACACAAGAGUAAAUAGAAGCACAAAGACUUUAGUUGAAAGACUACUAGAACUGAAACAUAGAUACCCAGUUAUUAUUGAUCUGAUUAUGAGUUCUAUAGACAAUAUAUCCAAAGAAGUAAUUAAAAUUAUUGAAAAACUGAAAACAGUUUCUACUGACGAUGAAUAUUUUCUUGAAGGGUACAGACAAUUAAUGAUACUUAUUAAUAUGAAUCAAGGACUGCUAGCCACAUGUCAAGUUUCUCAUCCAUCUUUAGACAGAAUUUGUGCAGAAGCACAAAAUUAUGCUUUGGCAGCAAAGCUUACAGGUGCUGGCGGUGGUGGACAUGCAUACAUUCUCUUAUUACCAGAUACACAACCAGAAACUAUUGCAAGUAUUUCACGAAAAUUAAUUGCAGAUGGAUUUACUGUCAAGUUAACGACUUUGGGAGGUCCUGGGGUACAAAUUAAUUAGUAAUUUUGUUAUAAAUAUUGCAUACAUUAAUACAAAUAAACUUAUUUUUGUUCUGAAUAUUUUCAAUGUGACAUAAAUUUUAUUUAUAAUUAUAAAGAGUACUUGUAAUUUUUACACAAAAUGUAAAUUACAGUUUUAGUACCAAUAUAUGUUAAUGGUCAUCUCA